GCUUAAAACGUCCUAACGCUACCCUUAGGUCGCGUCCCCUCUUCAAAUACCGGCUUCCUAAGGAAAACUUAACACUAGAAAGCAGAACAAACUAUUUCGUAAAGCUUAAAAAGGUGUAAUUACUGGUUAUUGAAGUGGGUUUCAUGAUUCUCGGCUGAAUUACUACUUUGAACUUAUUUAUUGCAAAAAUUGUGAAUGAACUAGGCUACAGGUUUUGAGGAACGGUCUAAGUAAGCGUUUCAAAUGAAAAAGCAUUUGUAUUAUCCAGAACUUCCUUGUUGGAUUCCGAACCCUCAAAAGGGCUGGGUUGCGGGGACAGUUACCUCCUGUGAAUGCUCAGAUGGCAAGGCAGUCGUUACAGUUGAGGAUGAGGAAGGAAUUAUUACGACUUACGACGUCAAGGAAGACGACUUGAUGAAAGAAGGAAGUGGUAAUCUUCCCCUUUUGCGGAAUACCAAGACGCCCUUGGAUGCCGAUGAUUUAACAAGCCUUCCUAUUUUAAACGAACCGUCAGUGUUGGAAACACUGUUAAACCGUUAUGGUCAAAUGAAAAUUUAUACGUACUCUGGAAUUGUGCUGAUUGCUGUUAAUCCAUUUCAGCAUAUGUCAAGUUUGUACGCUCAUGAAAUGGUCCGUGCGUAUUAUGAAAAAUCAAGAGAUGAAUUAGAUCCCCACUUGUAUGCUAUAGCUGCUGAGAGUUAUCGCUGCAUGAAUAGGGACGAAAAAAAUCAAACUAUUAUUAUCUCAGGAGAGUCCGGCGCAGGAAAAACGGUAUCGGCACGUUUCAUUAUGCGCUACUUUGCCAGUAUCCACAAUGCUUCUGAUGCUGGCUCAGCAGAAGAGUUUACGGCUAUAGAGAACGAAAUUCUUGCUACGAACCCUAUCAUGGAAGCGUUUGGUAACGCAAAAACCUCUCGUAAUGAUAAUUCGUCUCGUUUUGGAAAGUACAUUCAAAUUCUUUUCAACGGAAACAGUCGUAUUAUUGGCGCCCGGAUACAAACAUAUUUAUUGGAAAGAUCGAGACUUACCUUUCAGCCUGCAACAGAACGCAACUACCAUAUCUUCUAUCAGUUACUGUCCGGUGCUUCUAAUGAGCUGCUUGGAUCGCUCAAUCUUGCAUCAGAUCCCUCGAUGUAUCACUACAUGAAUCAGGGAGGGGCUUCAAACAUUGACGGUGUUAACGAUAAAGAGGAGUUUGAGACGACUGUAACGGCUUUGAAGACCGUUGGUGUUUCCGACGAGACCUGUAGUAGCAUCUAUUCUGUAUUGGCUGCUUUGCUUCACAUUGGUAAUAUCGAGGUUACUGCUUCACGAAAUGAUGCUUAUGUUAAUGCGAAAGAAGAUAGCCUGAAAAUGGCUUCAAAACUUCUUGAAAUUGAUGCUUCUAAAUUUGCAAAAUGGAUUACGCAUCGCAACCUAAAAAUGCGUAAUGACAGCAUUGUCAAACCGCUUACAAAGGCAAAUGCUAUCAUUGCCAGGGAUUCCGUUUCAAAGUAUUUGUACGCUUGCCUUUUUGAUUGGUUGGUAGCUACGAUUAACGAGUCGUUAACUUCAUCUUCGAAAAGAUUGAAUGAAGUAGAGAAGAGUUUUAUCGGAGUGCUUGAUAUUUAUGGAUUUGAACAUUUCAAAAAGAACUCAUUUGAGCAGUUCUGUAUCAACUAUGCAAAUGAAAAACUUCAACAGGAAUUUUACAAGCAUGUUUUUAAGUUGGAGCAGGAAGAAUACGCAAGUGAGGGACUUCAAUGGUCAUACAUUGAUUACCAGGAUAACCAACCGUGCAUUGAUAUGAUUGAGAACAAACUUGGAAUUCUUUCGCUGCUAGAUGAGGAAUGCAGAAUGCCUACCAAUAGCGAAAAGAAUUGGGUCAGCAAGCUAAAUUCUCAUUUUACUAAGGACCCUUACAAGAAUUCCUACAAACAAUCGCGGUUUAGUGAAACUGAAUUUACGAUCAAGCAUUAUGCUCUUGAUGUUACUUACAAUGCCGAAGGUUUUAUCGACAAAAACAAGGAUACCAUUUCGGAAGAACUGAUUGAUUUGUUGAAUUCUUCUAAGAACUCAUUCUUGACUGAUCUGCUUUCUUUCCGUGCGAACCAAGCAACGAGUGUAGUUUCAAAAGCUAGAAAUGCUCGGCCACGGAAUCCGACUCUUGGUGCUAUGUUUAAGGCAUCUCUUAUUGGCUUAAUGGACACUAUAAAUGAAACAAACGCUCAUUAUAUCCGUUGCGUUAAGCCCAAUGAAGCUAAGGCUGCAUGGGAAUUUGACAGCAAUAUGGUUUUGUCACAACUUCGAGCAUGCGGUGUUCUUGAGACGAUUCGAAUUUCGUGUGCAGGAUUUCCUUCUCGUUGGACAUUCAAAGACUUUACUGAGCGAUAUUACAUGCUUGUGAAAUCUACUAAUUGGACGAAGGAAACAAACAAACUCUGCCAAUUGUUGCUUGAUGAAACAGUAGAGCCUGAGAAAUAUCAGAUUGGAACAAGUAAAAUCUUCUUUCGCUCUGGUGUUGUUCCGUAUCUCGAUCGUUUAAGAAACGAAAAAAUGAGAGCGUGUGCAUACACACUGUAUAGUGUGUUCGCUACAAACUAUUACCGCAUAAGUUUCAUUAAAAUCAUAAGGGGAAUCAAAGGACUUCAAUCUGUUGUUCGUGGCUAUCUUGCUAGACAAAGAGUGGAACAAGAACGUCUUAAUAAGUGUGCUACCGUUAUCCAAAGUGCAUGGAAGACAUAUGUCGCAAAACAGUCAUUUCGGAGAAGUAGAAGCAGUAUUAUCCUUGUUCAAAGUCUCGUUCGACGCAGUAUUAUUCGUCGUUCCCUCCAACACAAGAAGCUUUCGGAUGCCGCUGUUGUUUUGCAAUCUUGGUGGAAGACUAUCCUUGAGAAGAGACAUUAUCAAAGUCUUAGAUACUAUACGAUUCGGAUUCAGUCGUUGUGGAGAACGAAGCUUGCCAAACGACAAUUGGUGCAAUUGAGAAUUGAGUCUAAGCAAGCUAACCACUAUAAGGAAGUAUCAUACAAACUCGAAAACAAGGUGUUCGAGCUUACCCAAGCACUUGAAUCUGAACGGCAAGAAAAUAAGGUUCUUGUUGACAGAGUUUCAGAGUUGGAAGCAGUACUUGCCUCUUAUGCUGAAACUAAGCUUACUCAAGACCGCGAAUUGAGAGAAACGCAAUUGAUGCUGGAGGACCAUUCCGAAAAGGACUCUUAUCUUAAGAUGCUCGAGGAAAAAGAGCAGGAGUUGGCCAGAGUAUACAAUAGCGUCCAAUCAUUGAAGGAAGCAAAUGAUGAUCUGGUGAGAAUGAACGAAUCGCUGAAAUUGCAAAAGCAACAGAAUGAUAAUGUUCUGAAGAAACAAUCUCUGAAACUUCAACAAAAGCAAGAGAUUAUUACGAGCUUGAGUCAAGCUACACGUGUGCUGAAUACGAUGUCCAGCAUUGAAGCCAGUCAUUCUCGAGACUCGAUUGGAUCUAGUCGUGAAUCUCUUAUGAUGGACGCCAGAACACGGAGAGAGCUUAAUAACUUGCUGUUUGGUGAUCGUUUACAGAUUGAUUUGGAUCGCCUAUAUCAACUUCCGCUUGCCAAGUAUAACACGCUCAAUAAGAAUGUGGAAUCUCUUGCUCAAAACACGCUUUUCCUUUCUCAUAUGACCUUCCUUGUCUUACUUCAAAUGUGGAAGGCUGAUGUGCCCAUGGACUCACUUAAGGUUGUUGAACGUACGUUGGAACAUAUUCCAUCUAGUAUCGCAAUUCAUCAUGGGCCGAAUGGUGAGCCUCUGUAUGCUUUUUGGGUUACCAACUUGUACAACCUUGUUGCACUCAUCAAUUCAAGAAUUCAAUUGAUUACAGAGCAUGGCUCUGAUGAAUUUCCCGAGGAGAGUGGGGAACAGAUGAGAAAGGCAGCCCAGGAGUACACAAAAUGUCUGUCUAAUGUUUACGCAGCUUGGAUUGACUCUAUCAAUGCUACUAUUAAGCCCAUGGUUGUCUCCGCUGUCCUUGAGAAUGGCACCGACUUACCUGCUCGUGGAACUGUGUUGCCUAAGAUUACUCCGGCAAAUGGUUUGAGACGCUUGUUCACUAAAACCACAACUCAACGUCAAACUGCCAAGUAUAUGAAGGAUGUCAUCCGCGUCCUUGAUGAGGUGUACCGUCAAUGCCAGAUGUUCAGCGUCUCAAACGAGCUGUAUGUGGGCAUCGUGAAAAACGUGUACCGCUGCUUGAACAUUGUUGCAUUCAACAGUUUGUACCUUGACGUGAAGGGUUCAUGGAAGAUCGGAGCCAACAUGUCGUACAACUAUUCUAUUCUGAAGGAAUGGUGUUUGCAACAUGGAGCCGCUGAGGCAGUUGUCCAACUUGAGGAAAUGUUUGAGGUCUCCAAGCUGCUGCAAACGAGAAAGGAUAAGGAAGACUUUAUGAAUGAACAAGUAAACCUGUGCUGGGCAUUGUCGCUGUACCAGAUUCACUGGAUUCUAACACACUAUCACUAUUCCGAGUAUGAGGGAAUGUGUACCUCUACUUACUUGUCCAAUUUAUCCAAGAGAGCCGUACAAGAGGAUGAUUCAAAGAACUCGUUUGUGAUUAAGUACACCUUAAUUCCAUUUGAGAGUCCUUCAACCUUACCUCAACCUCCUGCUUUCGGCCAAAUCACUUUGCCCGAGGGCUCUGAGUUGUUUACGCUGAAACGUUUCGCCGAUCUUGUGAAUGUUGAGGAAAGCUUCCAACAGGCAAUGAUAAGCAUCCGGUUAGCAAACGAAGCUGAUGAGAAGAUCAGUGAUAUUCCGCUCGAAAUUGAAGACGGCCAAAAGGAAAAGGAAGAACCCGUUAAAAACCAUACGGGACAGGUCAGUAGAUUAGAGCCGGAGAAUGUACGACCUGCUGAAUCGCAAUCAAAAAGACUUGAAGCCCAAAUAGAAGCCAUCAUGAAAGGGACCGUUCUUCCCGGUUCGACUUAAAGUUCAUCUGUGAUGCGACACCCCAACACCGAUGUGAAUCUAUUUCACAAGACCUCCCUACGACUUCUUUCCCGAAACAUAAAACAUGAACUCACACAUUUAACCAAUUGACCAACCUCAAAGUCCUGUCGACUCACACAACUCUAAUACCCACGUCCGUCACUCGACCUAAUGCAUUUUGUUAGUGCGACACACUCCCGGCAUCGUUAAAACCCUCUCUUGUCGUCGCAAUGCAAACAAUAAUACGCACGCAGGUUACAAUAAUAUAGAUUUAAGACCCAUAACCCAUUUCCCACCAAACCAUUGAUAAGCAAUACGUGAAGAAAACACGUCAAGUAGCCAUACUACCUAUUAACUAUGGUAUCGCUCUGUAGACGU